AUGACGGAACCGUCGGUGAAGAGGGAGAACCCCGACAGUCAGAAACCCGCUGAGUCGUCAACGCACUCUAAGAGGCAGAUGAUUGUCGCUCCUUGCGCUCCGAAGCUUCGUUAUACGCCCUUGAAGACCGGUUUAUGCUAUGAUGUCAGAAUGAGAUACCACGCCAAGAUAUUCACUUCAUACUUUGAAUACAUAGACCCGCACCCUGAGGAUCCCAGAAGAAUCUACCGUAUCUAUAAAAUCCUCGCUGAAAACGGGCUGAUUACUGAUCCCAUGUUGAGUGGUAUAGAUGACAUUGGGGACCUGAUGCUGAAAAUCCCAGUGAGGGAGGCCACAUCUCAGGAAGUCUUGGAGGUGCACUCCAAAGAACAUUUGGAAUUUAUCGAGAGUGUGACGAAAAUGUCUCAUGAUGAAUUGCUCAAGUCCACGGAAACAGGAGACUCGGUGUACUUCAACAACGAUUCAUCUUCUAGCGCAAAACUCUCCUGUGGCGGUGCCAUCGAGGCGUGCAAAGCUGUUGUGGAGGGCAGGGUCAAGAAUGCAUUUGCGGUGGUAAGACCGCCAGGCCACCAUUCGGAACCGGAGUCGGCAGGUGGGUUUUGUCUGUUCAGUAACGUUGCAGUGGCAUCCAAAAAUAUCUUGCGGAACUACCCAGAGAGUGUGAGGAGAAUUAUGAUCCUUGACUGGGAUAUACAUCAUGGUAACGGUACCCAAAAGGCAUUCUACGACGAUGACCGCGUUCUUUACAUUUCUCUGCAUAGGUUUGAACUUGGGAAAUAUUACCCAGGGACAGCACAAGGUCAUUACGACAAAACAGGUGAGGGGAAGGGAGAAGGUUUCAAUUGUAAUAUUACCUGGCCCGUCGGUGGCGUUGGUGACGCAGAGUACAUGUGGGCUUUCGAGCAAGUGGUGAUGCCAAUGAGUAGGGAGUUCAGGCCUGACUUGGUGAUUAUAUCUGCCGGGUUUGAUGCCGCUGAUGGGGAUACUAUUGGCCAGUGUCAUGUGUCUCCCAGCUGUUAUGGUCAUAUGACACAUAUGUUAAAAUCUCUGGCCAACGGCAAUUUAUGCGUUGUUUUAGAAGGUGGAUAUAAUCUGGAUGCCAUUGCUCGAAGCGCACUGAGUGUUGCGAAGGUUUUAAUUGGCGAACCUCCUGAGGAAUUGCUAGAUCCGGUAAAGGACCCUAAACCUGAAGCUAUUGAAAUAAUUAACAAAGUAAUAAGACUACAGUCCAAGUAUUGGAAAUGCUUUCAAAGAAGGCACGGCAACUCCGGAUGUACGUUUGAGAAACAUAUGACCGAGAGUAUAUCCACGGACAACUUCCCCUUGCAGUCGGCAAUACGUCAACAGCAGUUCAGCGCUCUGUCGAAAGAGUUCGGGUUUGUCAAGUUUCCUUUGUUUGAAAUGAAACUAUCUGAUGACACGGUGAUAUGCUCGCCAGAAGUGUACAACAAAGAUACAAUAAUAAUUUUAGUAAGAGACACUCCGGAAAUAUGGGCGAAGCGAGACGUCAUACAGGGCACUAUCGACCCGUCAGCUUCCAUAAUAACGGAUGCCGCGUUGGCAUUCAUCAAAUGGGCUAUGGAGAGGAACUAUGGUGUUAUUGAUGUGAAUAUCCCACAGUCGCUGUUUGAACAAGACAAUUAUUCUGCUAUGAUAACUGCACAAGAGGUCAUGUCGUUUAUGUGGGACAACUAUAUCAGAUUUUUUGGCAGUGCCUCUAAGAUAGCUUUUGUGGGUGUCGGUGAUGCAUGUUCAGGAAUUGUGCAUUUGUUGGGCCAUAGGGAUACAAGGAGUAAAGUCAAGUCCGUAAUAAACUUCAUUGCACAAAAGACUUUGAAGCCUCUGAUACCCUUGGUCGAUGAGACGUUAGGUGACUGGUAUUUCAAAAAUUCCCUGGUAUUCUCUGAUAAAAAUCAUGCGUGUUGGGGAGACAACGAAAAUGAGAACAAGAAGCCAAGAAAAAAGUUUGGUCGCGUGCUGAGGUGUAAUUCUGAUGGUUUGACGAAUAUUAUUGAGGAAAGAUUCGAAGAGGCAACUGAUUUUAUGUUGGAUUCCUUCGAGGAAUGGAGUGAGAGUGAUUAG